AUGGGUUCGACAACUACACGAUCAUUCCCUCCCGGAAUCCAUGCCCCAAGUCUGACAUGGUUCAAGAAUGAUGCCAGUCAAGAGCUUGACUGGUACCUGCAGAAGAAACAUAUUGAAUUCCUGAUAAGCUCUGGGCUUGAUGGAGUCGUGAUAGCAGGGACCAACGGCGAGGCCGUCGUCCUCACACAAGAAGAGAAGGUCCAGCUCGUGAAGCUUACCCGCGAGGUCGCCACGUCGCUCGGCCGCGCAGAUCUGCCCAUCACCAUGGGCACAUCCGGCCAGUCGACGCGCGAGGUCAUCGCGGAGACGCACCGCGCCAGGGAGGCCGGGGCGGACUUCGUCCUCGUCCUCGUGCCCAGCUACUUCCACUUUGCCAUGAACGAGGAGGCCAUCGUGGGCUUCUUCGAAGAGCUGGCUGAUGCCAGCCCCGUGCCCGUGCUCAUUUACAACUUCCCAGGCGUCGUUGCCGGCCUGGACGUGAACUCAGAUAUGCUCGAGCGCCUCGGCCGCCACCCCAACAUCGUUGGCGUUAAGCUCACCUGCGGUGGAAUCGCGAAGGUCGCCCGUGUCAGGGCAACCUAUGACCCCUCCCAAUUCUGUGCCCUUGCCGGACAGAGCGACUGGCUUGUCCCGGCCCUGUCCGUGGGCAGCACGGGUGUGAUCACGGGCGUGGCAAACCUGUAUCCCAAGGUGUGCACGAAUAUCUACGACCUUUUCAAGGCAGGGAAGGUGAAGGAUGCCGAGGUAGCCCAGAUCGAGCUGGCCAAGAUGGAAUGGGGCUUUGGCAAGGGAGGCAUCAAUGGCACAAAGUGGAUAGUGGCCAAGAUUCUGGGGUAUCCCGAAGAAAGUUGGCACUGCAGGAAGCCGUAUCCCGAAUUCAAGGAUGAGAAGAAGCAGGAGUGGAUAUCAGGUGUGGUAGAGCCUCUGUCUCAAACAGAGAAGGCGAUCAAAGUACGCAGUCUCUAA